AUGCGACCCUUUAUCGCUUUGUGUUUAGUAUUGAGCAUUUUGAGCUCGGCGAUAGCUUCGCCUGUUUCAUCGGAAGAUUCAAAAGAAGUUACAAAACAAGAUUCAACGGAAUCAACAACUGAUCAUGAAGGCGCUAAGGCAGAAAAUUCAGUGGCUAAAGUAGACGAAGAACAAGAAAACUCUGGUGAAGAUUCUGAUAGAGCUAAAAAGGCAGCUUACGGUGCAUUUCAAUCUUUUGCUCCAGCGGCAUCUAAUAAAUACGGCCCUGUAAGAGGGCAAGCUUCGUACACGGCUUCAGGUCCAUCUUAUUCUGGUCUUGCAGGAGGUUAUUCAAGCCACGGUGGAGGUUAUGGAGGUCCCGCUGCUGCGCCAGCACAAUCCUAUUCUGCCCCGGCACCUGCAUACUCCGCCCCAGCAGCUUCGUACCCAGCACCGGCUCCAGGAUACUCCGCUGCUGCUCCUGCAUAUUCUGGUCCUGCUCCUACUUAUUCCGCAUCUGGAUCAGCUUACUCUGCUCCUGCAGCACCCGUCGCCGUACAUCAAUCAUAUGGAAAACCGGUUACUUACUCUGCACCAAGCGCCCCAACAUUCCAUUUGCAAGUCCCAACACAAUAUUCAGCAGGACCAGUAAAGGCAUACAAGGAAGCUGAAAAUGAAAAUCAAGAAAAUGUUGAAGCCUCUGAUAGCAAAACUAAGGAAGGUGCACGUACGAUCGAUUUAGAUGAUAUGGACAAUAUUGACAUCAACUUGGGAGCUUCUAGAACUUUAUUAUUGAAAAAGAAAAAGUUGUUUGGAAACAACCAACAACAAGGUUACGGUUACUCUAGUGGCUCAUCCUACGGACAUGGAGGACACUCUUCUUCAUAUGGUCACGGAGGUUCCCACCUCAGCUAUGGAAGAUCCGCAGGCGGCGCUUCCUAUGGAGCUCCUGCUGUCGCAACUAAAGCACAACCGCAAGUGACAUAUACAACAUAUGCCGCUCAACCACCAUGCCCAACAAACUAUCUGUUUGGUUGCCAACCACACGUUAGACCUGUUCCAUGCUCCCAGAGUUUUGUGCCACCACAAGUGCAAUUGACACCUUAUCAACCUCAACCACAAGUUGUAUAUCAACAACCUCAACCUCAAGUGGUUUACCAAGCUCCUGCCAAGAAAACUGUUGCUAGUGGAUACGCAUUCAGAGCCGCAGAUGGUGAAAACGAUACCGAGGAAUAA